AUGGAAUUAUUGGCUGGGUUGUGCAACGUCCCUAAAGAUGCGAUAGAUGCGGACUCGGCUCAGAUCCCCAAUGCCAGUAUUCCUUCGCUGGACUCCACCUUGAAGCCCGCAGCGGAGAGCAUGACCUUUCCCCUCUUCUCGUGGCUUCCCAAGGAGCUCAGACUCAAGAUAUGGGAGGAGGUCACCCCGCGGGAGCGAGUUGUUCACGUCUAUAUUCGUGUCUGCCGCGAUGAAAACAACGAGGUCGUCGAGGCCCCGGUGCGGUACCUAGAGAAGAACCACCUCGGAAACCCGGUCAGCGGCUCGCUCUACUGGCUUCUCGUCGAUGAUCAUCGACUGGACCAUCCGCUCCUCGCUGUCAACAGGGAGGCCCGGCAGGUCGUUAUGGACUUUUACCGAAUCCAGAUACCAUGCCCCCGCGCGUUGUCCCGUGGCUCACAUGCCAACCGACAACAAAACGACAGACAAGUAAAAACGUUUUUCUUUAACCCCGAGCACGACGUGCUACAAGUUCGGGCAGAAGAGCCCGUGAACCGAACCCUGAUCGAUUUCCUUUGGGAUUUGAAGGCGUACGACCCCAAAGGCGUCGGACUACUCAAGAUGGCAACGGACAUAAAGACCUUCUGCGAGAACGAUCUGCGGUUUCUAAAGCGGUCAGACUUACUGCUUAUCCGUCAGCGCCAGGCCCUCGUCGAGACGCUGAGCCAGCUGCAAGAGGUCUGGUUUAUCAACACAGAGCCCGCAAAGAAUGGAUUCGUGAUGGGGCAAGGCAGCCUGAGGGGCUCCCCACCCACUUAUCCUUCUGGAUGCAAACCCGUGGAGUUCGAGAGCAUCGGGCUUGAUACGAGAGAGGGCGCAGAGAGUGCGCUUCAGUCCGUCUAUGUGGGCAUUAUAGACCCACGGGAGCUCAUCUGGCGAUGGAAGAAGUUGCUGCGUACCUGGGAGAUACACCAUGCGCGCGGACAAGUCAGAUACCGGGUGAUCGUGGCGCAGCGACAAUUCUCUUCGGAAUAUGGAAAGAAUGGCGGAUCAAUCACGCGGAAGAUGCGUGAGUUAUCUCUUGGACCUUCGGAUCAGGUCGGGAAACACUUGAGAUCCCAGUCUUGUGCAUGCCAGUACUGUACAUGUGAGGUUAGCGGCCCAUCACUGCGAGACCAUGCGGGACCGGAAGGACCAAAAAGCUCGGGGUCCACGAUUGCUCCUGUUGGCUUUUGGUCGUUUCCAACUGAGGCAUUGGGAGAGAUCGGAGAAGGUGAAACCCUCAGUGAUAUGGAUUUUCAGCACAACCGUUUCCUGGACAUGAGGAAUUACUGGCCGGAGCUGCUCGUUGCGAACGUGGCUUGA